UCUCUCUCUGUCUCUCUCUUUUGCAGCCAAUAAUGAACGUCUGCCCCUUUUGAACUGCAGAUGAUAUUGUCUGACUGGAAACAAAGGUAUAAAUAACGUAAGGGGCAGGCAGAGGAGAAACAGCAUACUUUCUAGCUGGCUUAAUUUAACAGCAGAACAGCAGGUGUAGGAGCAGUUCAGGCAGCCCCAGUGCUGUCAGAUAAUAUUUUCCCCCAUGGCUUGCUUAGACAAAUGCCAUUGUUCUGUGGAUAACAGGAAGCAUGGAAGCAUUUUAUAUAACAUUCUAAAAAAUGAAGAGCAAAAGGAAUCGCAGAACAGCAAAUCAAGGAAAGAAGAACACACUGGGGUGUAUGGACAGGGAUGCUCCUGUGGCUCUCAGAAGAAGGUCAGUUUGAAAAGCCCCCAGGUUACAUGCAAAGCAGCAUCAGCAGUGCUGGUGAAGACUCUGAGGUUUGUCAAGAAUGUGCCAUGCUUUCAGGAGCUCCCUUUGGAUGACCAACUGGUACUGGUCAGGAAUUGCUGGGCUCCUCUGUUAGUGCUGGGUCUUGCACAGGACAAAGUCAAUUUUGAGACUGUGGAGACAGCAGAGCCCAGUAUGUUACAAAGGAUAUUAACAAACAAACAGGAAGAAGAAGAGAGAAAACAGCACCAGGAACAUAGAGAAACUCUCAUAGGAAGUAAUCAACAGCAUCAACACAGGCUCCCACAGCUACCCUCAGCAGCUGAGAUCAGGUGGAUCAAAGAAUUCCUAGACAAAUGUUGGAGCUUGGAUAUAAGCACCAAGGAAUAUGCUUACCUUAAAGGGAUUGUCCUUUUUAAUCCAGAUUUACCAGAUCUUCAUUGCACCCAGUACAUUCAAGGAUUACAACAGGAAGCAGAACAAGCCUUAAACGAGCAUGUAAAGCUUAUUCAUAGAUGGGAUCAGACCCGGUUUACUAAGUUGAUUAUCGUUCUAUCCUUGCUGAGAUCAAUCAAUGGCAACUCUAUUGCGGAACUCUUUUUUAGACCCAUCAUUGGUUCAGUCAAUAUGGAAGAUAUGCUUCUGGAGAUGCUUGGGGCAAAAAUAUGACUCUACAUAAAAAAAAAAAAACUAUAAACCACACUGAUACAUAAAUUCAUAGGAAAUGUAAAUAAUAAAGCAAACUAGACAGCAGUAAAAUGUUAAAGGUCUUAUUCAUAAAAGCGGAAAACCUUUAUAACUGAAGAUCAUAGGAGAAAAGAUAUGCACACUUUGACUAGCUUUCCCAGCUUUCAACUUGCCACAAUUUAGUGCAUUGUAACUAUAACUGUUUCAUUGUUAAUAUUUAAAAAUGCAAUUAUUUUCAUGUAGUGUUUUGAGUUUUUCUAAUGGGUUAUAAUUAGCCGGGUGAAUGGGAUGGUAUGUUUGGUAGCAUCACAGACACUCAAAAGAAAUGCAAAGUGCACUAAGACCAGCCUUUCCAAGAUAGUACAUUGCUUGGUGAUCUUGGUAAAGGUUGCGUAAAUAUUAUAAAUAUUUUAAUUUAUGUCAUACCACUUCACACUAGUGAGUUGUGUAUUUUAGCCUAAUAGGUUUCUUUAUUGCACUAAUUUGUUUUAACAACUUGCUACUUAAUCCCUUUUUAAUACUGUCAGUCUUUCUGAAAUUCACGCCAGGGCUACCACAACAUCAGUUAUACUGUUUUAUUUAUUUAUUAACCUGUAUAGUCUGUGGCAUGGAUACGCAACCUUCAGGACUCCAGAUGUGGACUAUAUCUCCAACAAUGCUCUUAAAGACAUAAUGCUGGGAAAUCAUCAUGGGGAAUGUAGUCCACAACAUCUGAAGUGUCAAAAGUUGCCUACCCCGGUAUGGGAUCAGUAUUAGAAUUAGUUAGAUCUAAUGGAAGACACCUUAAUUUGUGUUAAGGCUUCUUCUGAAACAUUAAUAGGGCU